GAGUGACUUUAUUGUGUCAGAAACGUGUCACUUUGCUUGAAGCUGAUCGGUCAAAUUUUGGUUUGAGAUCUCUAAACCAGAACAUAACCUGCCCCGGAGCAGGUUAGCUGUUGAGCGUGAGUUACUAUGGCGAUGAAUACUACUAAAAGCCAUACCACUUUCAUGGUACCUAAAACCCAGAGUUGGUGCAAACUAAACUGAAACUUACCUGGCUAGCCAGCUAAUCCGGCUUCAUGGUACUGGCCCCAGGACACAAGAGGAACAGGAAUACAAGCUGUAACAAACAUACAAGACUUAAUGAUGAAUGGCUGAGUUAACCAGGCUUUUAUAGGGGGUGAGCUAGCUAGGUUCAUGGGACACAGCUGGAAACAAUCAUGGAUGAUUAGACCAGGCAGUGAUUUAUGGGAAAUGUAUUCUUUGGUACAAUGGAAAAGUCUGGUGUAGAGUGCCCUCUGGUGGUUUUCAAGCAGGAAACCAGUGAGGAGCCGAAGACCACCAGGGUGGAGCUGGCAGAGCUGAAGGCCACCACAACAGAGCAGAUGGGACCGAAGAUUCCCACGGUGGAGCAAAUGACAACCAGGGUGGAGCAGAUGACCCCACAGCAGAGCAGAAGUGACCGAAGACCCCCAAGGCAGAGCAGAAGGCCACUAGGGUGGAGCUGAUGGAACUGAAGACUACUUCAGAGGAGCUGAUGGCACAGGGGACCACCAAGAUGGCCCAGGCUGAGCAAAUGACCACCAUGGAGGAACAGGUGGAACUGUAAUAGAGAGCACAUAGAGGUUAAAAAUGGCCUCUGUGGCCAUAACAGGACAAGCAGAGAGUUCGGGGACAGCCUUUGUGGUUGUUACAUCACGGGCAGACAGUUCAGAGAUGGUCUCCUUAGCUGUGACACGACAGACAGGGUGUUCAGAGAAAGCCACUAUGGCAGUGACAGGACAAGCAGAGAGUUCAGACAAAGAACUUAUGCUGACAAGACGUGAAAGCCAGAAAGUUCCAUUGCAAAAGCAGCGCCCAGCAGCAGCCCUAUGCCUCCGCCAUUUUGGGGUGAAAGCGACUCGGCAGUCCACUAGCUUCUUGCUGUCGCUAUGGCAGAUAUCAGCUGCUUUGUUUACAAAAACAUACAUUAAAGCUGAAAUACAACCUGAAUGAUGACCACAAUAAUGUACAAUCACUAGACUAGUGAUCAUCAAAUCCUUUUAACAGCUUAUUUUACAGACUUUGUGUUUAAGUCUUACCUUUUUUCACAAAACCUUUGCUCGCUAGAAACCAUGUCAGUUUUGGUUGAAAUUAUUUUAAUUUAAAGUGUUAGCAUUAUAAACACUGAAUUAGUACCAACAUAUGAAAUUAAAUUAAUGACAGAAAAAUUAGGAAUGUUGGAUAAUAAAUAUAACAGUAACAUACCAGCUUGACAGUAAACUGUUUUUGCAAGUAUUGUCUUAUAUUAAUGUCCGUUAAAGGAAGACUGUAAACAAAAAACUUAGAAAAUAAUAAAAAAACAACAACACAUAUUUACAGCCACUUUCUCCAACAUUAUUUAAUUAUGAAAGACACAGCAAUGCAUCAUGUUCAUCAUCAUAGUGUGUUCCAGGGGAUUAAAACGUACAAUAUAUAUUUCAGACCGAUGGAGUAAUAGUAAAUAAUAAUAUAGUUAUUGUAAAUGUGUAAAGUUGCAUAAGCUCAUUCUAACUUAGUGUCAUAAAUCAUUAUUAUGGUUUCUAUGGCUAGGACCUGCAGUGCCUAAAAGUAAUUAAGUUUACUACUAGACUAAAAACAGUUAAAGUUAGCUGGUGCAUAAGAUAGUGCUACGUCCCACUUCAAAACACACAAUAUUUUUACACUUUUGUGAAUAAUUACCUGUCAGGGUCUUUGGGAAAAAGAUGAAAGGCAAGAUUUUUGCCUGAAUCACACUGAUUGUUUUUGCAGUGGACUGCCCAACAUUGCGUUCUUUUUUUCCACUUUGACUUCUCUUUCAUUGUUUUUCUGUCUAUUUCUGUGUAUCUGUGCUGUUGUCCAGUUGGAAUUUUCACCCCAAAAUGGCAGCCGCGCUACCGAAGCACCACUUAGUGGCUAUUAACAAAAAAGCAUCAGAGUUUCGCCUCUUGGGCAUCUAUACUCUUUGACUCAGAGAUGGCAUCCAUGGCUGUGACAGGAUAGGCAGAAGGUUCACAGGUGAUCACUGUAUUCAAGACAGGACAGGCAGGAAGCUCAAGGGUUAGCACCAGUACAGGACUGAGCUCUAGGGCUUGAGCGGGCUCUGGAGCGGACUCAUAGACUGGAGUGGGUUCUGGAGCAGAUUAAUGGACUGGAGUGGGUUCUGGAGCAGACUAAUGAACUGGAGUGGGAUCUGCAGAGAACUCAUGAACUGGAGCUAUGAAGCAGAUGCAUGAAUUGGAGUGGGCUCUGAAGCAGAUGAAUGGACUGGAGCGGGUUCUAGAGCGGACUCAUGAAUUGCAGUGGCUAUGGAGCAGACUCAUGAACUGGAGCGGGCUCUGGAGAGGAUGAAUGAACUGGAGUGGGAUGUGAAGAGGACUCAUGAACUGGAGCAGGCUCUGGACUCGUGGGCUAGAGAGACACCUAUGAAUCGCUUUGACAGCUUCAGAUGCGAAGUUCAUGAUGACCGGGAAUACUGAUAUGGCAUCCAUGAUGACUGAAGGACAAGGCUCAGGAGUGGUGGCCAUGUCAUGAACAGGCUCUGGUGUGGGAACCAGAGGACAGGAAGGUGCUGAAAUCACACUAAACAUUAUAACUGUACAGGCUGGACAACGGUGCUUGGUGUGUCCUGAUAUGUGAUGUUAAAAGGGAGAACUAUGUGUUCGGAAAAAUGUGGAUUCAAACUCAGCAGCAUCAAAAGUGCUGUGGUAAAGAUGUCUACAGUCUAGCAAAUGACAAUGUGCUGUGCUGUAAUGGAAUCCUUCAUCGCAAUGUGCCUGAUCAGUCAGAGUGUGUUGGAGGUGUUAUAUAUUCUCAAAACCAGAUCAAGUUGUUAAGUUGUGGCUCAGAAUUCUAUGACCACAAAAAACAACUGUGCUGCUCAGGUCAUCUCUACAACAAAAAUAAUGCAGAAUGCUGUGGAAACCUCCUGCUGGAAUAUAAUAACAAGCAAACUUGCUGUUCCUCCUCAACCCAUGCCAUGCUUUAUGACACCAAACAAGAGCAUUUCUGCUGUGGGCAUUACUACUACAACACGUCCCUGUGGAGCUGCUGUGCUGAACAUCUCAAACCAAUACCAAAGAAUGACAGUUCUCCACCAGAAUACAGACUUAAACAGCUAAUGGAACUGAUUCCUGACAUAUGCCAUAAAACAGUGCUCUUUGGCAAAGUGGAGAGUGUGGUACUUCGGCAAAAAUGGCGUGACAUUGUGUUGAGAGUCAUUGUGGCGGUCAGCGAGAUAUCACAAGGACCUUUGCUCUUUGUGUCCCUGGAUCACUGCAGUUCUCCUGCACUAGAGAACGGCAUGACCUACCUUUGGGAGGAAAACAACAGAAAGUACAAGCCUCUCUCCAUCCCUGUUGACCUAACCUCUGACAUUUACAUGUUCUUUACAGCUUGUGACCUAAAUAUCAUGCAGGCCUUGAGUGUCAAUAUGUGUUCGCACAUGCUUCAUGUUCAGGGUGUAUUUCCAAUGCAAGGAAACCCUUGAAGAGAAACAAUUGUAUCCUUUUUGGCCCCAUCUACAUUUUACCUUUUAUACACAUAACAUUUUACCUUGUGCAUUUUCUUUAUUAAGAAUGUCAGCAAUGACUGAACAUCUGUUGAAUUAUUACUGAUCAGUCACAUGUUUUCCACAUGUUUUCUCCUUCCAAGAAAUGUUAGUUAUAUAAUAAUACAAUUUAAUAAUCACUUGAAUUCUUAUUUAAUAUCACAUACUGUAUUAUUAUAUUCAAUCAACCGCAGGUUUUUUUUUUUUUCUAAUUUAGUUACAGGAUUUACAGUCUGAGUGAAAAGAUGUUUUGUUGGUGCUUAAUCAUUUUCGUCAUUUAAGGGAAGGAAAUGUUUAUUAAAAUUGCUUCAAUCCUAUUUCAUCAUUUAAAAUACAAGUACAUUACAAAUUUUGCAUAUUAGGGCAACCAUACAUUUGUUGUAGUGAUACAUGUGUUAUACCAUUACCUGAAUGAUUAUGCUUAAUAUUGUAUCUUAUGAGAAGAAUACUCAUGCAAUAUAUUUACUUCAUCUGUUAUAUAUCGUGCAGCAGAUAUACCAUAUUGCACCUGCAUGUGAAAGCUAAAACAAAAUUACAUAUAAUUUAAAAGUAAUAUACAAUUACAAAGACAAAUGUAUCAAACAGCUUUAAUAUUUCUUGUUUUGAUUGUUUUCGUAUAUAUGUGUUCCAGUUAGACAUGGAAAUAUGUAACAGGUAUAUUGUCAUGUGUAAAUGUGUAUCAAACCAGUUAUUUCAAAAUAAAUAUUUGUGAGCAUGGUUUGUUGUUGUUGUUGCUUUUCUAAGCAUAAUGUGUAUACAACCUGUAUACAGAAACAUGCUGCUG